AUGUGCACAGGCGAGUGUUCCAGGAAGCGUUCUCGAAACGCCAGUGAUGGGGAAAACCGAUGGGAUAGGAUCCGCGCCAAGUUCAAGCUUUUGCUGCACAAGAUGCGGAGAGACACCCACUUCCUCCAGGUAUACCAGCAGGAUGGAUGGAAGAGCAGCGGCAGGGAGAAGCUGAAACCUACAGCCGAACUCGAGAAGGCGAGAGAGAGAAUUCGGGGGAUACAAGCGGAGCUGCGAGAAGUAACCCGGCGCCUCACCGAGAUGAACCCCGGUGGCCUGCGAUGGGGAGCGAUACAGGAAGACGGAGAGGGCAACAUCGAGGUCGACGAGAUCAUGUGUACCAAGUGCGGCCAAGGAGACUCGGAUGACCAUGACGACAUCUUGCUUUGUGACUACGCCGGGUGCUUCAGGGCCUACCACCAGAACUGUCUAUCGCCUCCCAUCAAGCCCGAAGUGUUUCCCGAGGAGGAAGAGGACUGGUUUUGCUGGCAGUGCGAGUGUCUCACGGAUUGCUUCGAGAUGCUUGAGAACGAGUUCCAGGGGGAAAAGUUCACAUCAUGGAAAGAUGUUUUCCCGGUGGUGGAAACGGGGGCGGAAGGCGGUGCAGCCGGUCAGCAAGACGUUCUGCCGACCGAUUCAGACGAAGACGACGAUGAGAGCUUCAAGGCAGAUUGGCUGAGCGACGCCGAGAGCGUGGGUUCCGAUGAGGUAUCCAAGCUCUACAGCGAAGCGGGAGACCUGGCUUGCUCUGGCGAAACGGACGACGGCGAUGUGGGAUCAACGGCAGCAGAGGAAGGGUCCUUGGGCGGAGGGAGGCGUAGCCGGGCACUUGCGAGACGGAGCAAACGAUAUGCGGCGCUCGGUUUGGGGGGCGACCACGUCGCUCAGAUGCAGCUUAAGAAGCGGGAUAUCACGGCAGCCCUAGCCGGGAACACUGUGGACACCGCCAACAUCAUCGAGAGUCGCACUCGACGAAGAAAAAGCGUGGACUACGUAAAGCUCAAUAAAACCGUGUUCGGAGACGAGUCGGUAGACGGAGACCACGUAUCCUCAGACGAACAGGACGAAUCAUCCGAAGCUUCUGAGGGUGAGGCGUCCGACGAAUCCAGCGGCGCGUCCAGAAAAAAAAAGAAACCGAAGGUCAAGAGCACCCCGUCGAUAGAUCCAGCCACCGGGCUGCCACGGAAACGAGGCCGGCCCAGAAAAAUAGAGGCAGGAACAUCAGGGGCGGCUGGGACGACUGCCGGAGCCGGAUUGUCCAGGCUAGGCCUCAUCGAUGGGACCUGGCACUCUUGCGACGGGCUGGGGCUGCAGUCCGAGGCUUCGUCGGCAAGGGCGCGCGCUACGAGCACACGGAAAUCGCACAAGAUGCCAUCCAUUGACCCAGCUACCGGACAGCCUCGAAAAAGAGGUCGGCCACGAAAGGUGGUGGAGAACGGUGCGGCAGAAGGAGGUGGCACCGGACCCCGCAAGAGAGGCCGCCCAAGAAAAUCCGAAAACGGCGCGAUGAAGCCCCACCUAGGUGCCCGGAGCGGCGUCGAAGCAACGGCACCGGGCGAUCCCUCUAAAACAGCGCCCAGCUUGUACUCUCCGCAGAAAGACUCCAAGAAAGAUGCUGGAAGCGUUUACCAGACGAAACAGGGCAAAGGGCGAGGGCGUCCUCGCAAGGAUGCCAUCGCAGUCCGAAAAGAGACGAGCGCGAAGGAGGUAGGUCUUGGCUUCCCCGCCCUUUCGUACGAAGACAUGGAAGAUGAUAAUACCGCCAAUGUAGCGGCCAUGGCGGCUGAAGUAGCGGCGAAGGCUGGACGAGCAUCCGCCGAGACGUGUGCAGCAAGUCCUGUCCAGCACGGCCCCGGAAACCCCUCCAAGGACUCAAACCCGUGCCCUGCAACCGGCGGGGGUAGCGGAGAUGUUUCUUUAGAAUGGAAUGGUCUCGCGUGA